AUGGUAAGUGCUCUGAGUGCUUUUGUUGAAUUUGGUCGUUUUCCGAAGCCUUUCUCGCGAAGACCUCUUGCCUUUCCCUUCUGCCUGAACUUGACAAAUUCUUGGUUUGCUAUGCAAAUUUUGCUGUCAUUUUGUCUGUCGAGAGAAAGCUAAUAUACGGUAAAUGAUCCCCGGCUUCCGGUUUAAAAAGAAACCCUGUUAAAGACGCUAAAUAGUGAAAUUAUAUACCCUGUUUAAGACUCAAGACCCUGAAAACCAUACCCUGUUCAGCGGCACAUACCCGUAUAGGCAAAAUAAGGGAGUGCCCCCCCUCCCCCGGAGCAAAUAUACUGUAAAUGAUUCAGAUGCAGGGGGAGUUUAUAUUCAAUCUUAGGGGUCCAAGAAUGAGCGUUUAAUAGAUAGGAGGCGUUUAUUCUCAUACUACCGUGCAGCGGCGGAUACAGAGGAGGGGCCCGAGGCCCCCCCCCGUUAUUUGUAGACUAAACUGAGGCCCAAAGGGCCGAAAAAAACUUUUUUUGAGACCGGGUCCCCCGCUCUAUCAAAGGGCCUGGAUAACCGACUCCCUUAUUUCAAGGUAUUGAUGCGGCACUGCUGUGACAAGCUCUACAAAACUAAUGUGAUUUCAGCGAAAAUACCAAGAGAAUUUGCAAAUAGCACAAUAUAUAUUCUUCCAGUCAUUGAAAUGUCUAGGCCAUCAAGAGACCAUAUCGCUUUCAGUCAAAUGUCAACUGCUACAGUGUCAUCGUUAGCCUAUCCUUAUUUUAAACAUGACUUUAAACAAGAUACAAAGUCCAAACCCUCCUUAACCAAGGAAGAACGAAACAAAUAAUUUGCAUGAUAUUGCUCCUUUUUGUUAUUUCCUGUUAUUUUCAGUAAUUGUCAUGGGAGCGUCUAUUAGACGGGUGGCGUUUUCUUAGAGUGGGGCGUCUCAUUAAUUCAAACUUAAUAAUUUUAGAUCUUAAGGGAGGCAAAUAUUAAGAGGGGGCGUCAAUUAGAUCAUUUACGGUAACCCUCAGACUAUCCAGCUCAUUAUAUAGUUAGAGCCGUCACUUUGCAAAUUGCAAGCCCUUUGGCUUCUUAUCCACACACCCCGUCGUUGUUAAUACUCUUUCUUUUGGCCAACGCUUCUCCCAAACAUUCAUCCAAGUCUUAGGAUUUUUUUUACUAUAAAUUGUUAUUGUUUGUUGUCAUCCGUAUUUGCUGUUAUACCAAUAUUACGCUGAAAUACUACUACUACCUUUUGGGCACUACUAUUAACCAAUCAAGUCUCCCCGGCAGAUAACACUAAAUCUCAACGAUUGACAUAAUUCUUCAUAUCAUACGAAAGCCAAAUUCGGUAAUUGUUUCAUUAUUCAUUCAAAAUAGUUAUUUCCAACUUCAAAACACGCUUUCCUCGAUCGAAGUGAAGUCCGCAUCUCCGUAACUCAGCAAAUUUAGGAUAUAAAUGGUUUGUAAUUUUGACAAGCAGAUUUUCUUCAAAUAGAAGUUGUCAUCCGCCCAGUGCUAAAUGUAUUAAUUGCUGUCCUUUGUUCGUUUCUAGGCAAUAGUUAAGCUAUUUCUUGUUUGCAAAACGUGUGAAAUUUUACAACUUUUUCUGAAGCUCUACCGAGACAGCUGACCUACUUUUCUACCUUGCCCUCCGCUGUCCCUUUUUCUGUUGAUACUACACAAUUGACGUCAAAUUGUAUUGCCCCGAAUAUCGGCAAACUUCUUCCAAAUUUGCGGGUCAACGGUAGCUGAUUAUGAAAAAUCAACCUGGGGUCAUUUAAGCCAAUCAGAAACAGGGAAAUAUUUUGAGUGGAUAAUAAACAUCAUUUUCAGUUCCCACUCGCUUAAAAUAAGACGGUUCCAAUUACAAUGUCCUUAGUAUUCCGCCUUGCGAUUGCUACUGAUUUUUUUCUGUUUUCACUGUGUCGUCUUUAGAUGUUAAACAAUAAAAGCUCCCCAAGAUAUCUGACAAAUAUAUCGACACCGACUACGCCUCCCGCUUCAGCUGUAGCUUAUUCCUACCCGCUGUCAGUAGCGUUUGGUUUUAUUGCUGCCCUGGCUUUUAUUGGCAACGGUCUUUUUUGCAUUCUUAUACUGAAGAAUUAUCGGAUGCUCAGAUCUGCAUAUAACUUGCUGAUAUUCACCCUGGCUGUGACAGACAUGAUAACAGGUAAACGAUUUUAGAAUUCAAAUCAGUCUUUUCCUAGUGUGAGUGAGAAACUAUUGUACACUAAGAUCUCCACACAUGAAUUACCAAUAGUUACACCUGGUGACGAGUGUGAAAGAGGUUCCCUACUUUGAUGAGACGGAAAUAAUACCGACUAGUUGUAGCAUAAGAAAUAAUUCCUAUGCAAACACAAAUUAGGAUUAUAUGAACGACACACUAUUUUAUUGCCAUUAAAUAGAGUUUCUUAAGGAAGUCAUUAGUUUUUAAACAGUCAUGCAGUAUACCUUAUUUAGGAUGCCCACAGUCUUUGCAAGUAGUAGGGAUUGACGGAUUUUGAGACCAUCUUCGCAUUUAAUUUUUCUACAAAAUCGCUCACCAACCACUCUUUUCAUCAAUAUCUGGUUAGCCUCGCUGCUUUUCUAAAUUUAAAAUAAUGAUUUCUUAAGACUGUAAGCUCUCCGAAAUUUUCCAACGUUAAACAUUUUCCUUUAUUCUGACAACUCAGCCAUAGUUUUCUCAUGUUUGUUUGUCCUCUUAGUGAGAGGUUCCCGGCAUUAGCCUCGCAUUCAUGUUCAAGACCUACUCGUCCCAGGACCGUCGGGAAUACGAAUAUUGUCUAUUUCAUUUCUUUUUUAUUUUCAAGGGGUGAUUAUUGGUGUGACGCCAAACUACGUUGUCCCCCUAGGAUCCUACCAAGUUCCAGGCGGAUUACCUGGGGUAAUUUUCUGCAAAGUCAUUUGUUCCAGUUACUUCGUGUUUGUAUUUGGUAAAGUUUCCUGUCUUACGGUCACGUGUCUUACUCUGGAAAGAUGGUAUUCUGUGGUUAAGCCUGUCAAAUAUCGACUCAAGUUUAAAAGAGGAAGAGUUUGUGUGUAUCUUGUAAUCAUAUGGAUAACCUGUCUCUUAUUGCAUUCAUUAAUGCUGUUUGAAAUGACGCUUGAUGAAAAAAAACUGCGAUGUGUGUGGAUAACGCCCGAUUUUCCCAAACAACUAACACCAAUGACCAUCACAAUCGUGACAUUCUUUUUUCCAAAUGUAGUUACGUGGGUUACGUAUCUGCACAUUUCCCUUGCGCUUAAGACAUCCCCAGCAAUUAAAAAUAAUGGACGUUUAGCUCGAGCACGGCUUAAGCUUCUUCGUAUGUGCGUUAUAGUUGCACUGUUAUUCACAAUAUGCUGGUUUCCAAAUCAGCUUUACUAUGUCCUAUCUUCUUAUGGCCUUGUUAGAUUAGAGUCGCCUUCUCAUCGCUUCACCGUCGUCCUUGCUAUGUUUAACUCGUGCAUCAAUCCCGUCAUUUAUUGCUCCACACACCAGGAAUAUAGAAAAGGGUUUCUUAGGCUACUUUGCCCUUUCUUUAAUUCCUGCCGAUGCAAGAAACGGAGAGAGACAAGUCUAGCACAGGAAAACAGAUUGAAGGUAGCAAGUGGAGAAUUUGAAAUGGAAACAUUUGACGGGGGUGUGAUGUUGACCUUUCGUAAUUUGGUCAAUCAAGGGUACGAAGUCGGCGACUGCAAGCAAGAGGACACCAGUGGUGUUUGA